GCAACGGCAACCACACCUCUCCCCGGUGCCUACCCACCUCAUACACCAUCACCACCGCCAUCGCCCUCGCCAAUUCGAUCAAGAGCUGCGCAUCUCCCAUCCAACCCACCCAGACUUGUGCGCAGCUCCCGCCCUCGCAACCAUGGCCAACCAAACACCCGCCGUUGUCAUGGACAACGGCACGGGUUUCUCCAAGCUAGGUUUCGCCGGCAACGACUCCCCGUCCUUCGUCUUCCCGACCGCGAUCGCAACGAAAGGCGCCGGUGGCGGCGCCGGUGGCUCAGGCUCAGGACGUCCUGCCGUUGGGAACAAGCCUUCCUUCCUGACCGGCGGUGCUGGCCCGUCCGGCCAUCUCAACUCGAAACGUGGUACAGAGGAUCUGGACUUCUUCAUCGGCGAUGAGGCAAUAGCAGCAUCUGGUGGACCUGGAUACGGCCUCCAUUAUCCCAUCCGCCAUGGACAAAUAGAGAACUGGGAUCACAUGGAGCGUUUCUGGUCGAACUCGAUCUUCAAAUAUCUGCGAGUAGAGCCUGAGGACCACCACUUCCUUCUCACCGAACCACCCCUAAACCCCCCCGAGAACCGAGAAAACACCGCCGAGAUCUUCUUCGAGUCAUUCAACUGCGCCGGUCUCUACAUCGCCGUGCAGGCCGUCCUCGCCCUCGCCGCAUCCUGGACCUCCUCCAAGGUGCAGGACCGUUCACUGACCGGAACUGUCAUCGACUCCGGUGACGGUGUUACCCAUGUCAUUCCCGUGGCCGAGGGAUACGUCAUCGGCUCCUCGAUCAAGUCGAUCCCCAUCGCCGGUCGCGAUAUUACAUAUUUCGUCCAGUCCCUCCUGCGUGACCGCGGUGAGCCUGACUCUUCUCUCAAGACCGCCCAGGAGAUUAAGGAGGCACACUGCUACGUCUGCCCGGAUAUCGUCAAGGAGUUCAGCCGUUUCGACCGCGACCCCACACGAUUCGCCCAGCACCCCGUACUCCAGCCUGGUGGGCGCAAGGUCACCGUCGACGUCGGUUACGAGCGGUUCCUGGCCCCCGAGAUCUUCUUCAACCCGGAGAUCUACAGCUCCGACUUCCUCACGCCCCUGCCCACCGUUGUCGACGGCGUCAUCCAGUCCAGCCCCAUCGACGUCCGUCGCGGUCUGUACAAGAACAUCGUGCUCUCGGGUGGUAGCACGCUGUACAAGGACUUUGGCCGCAGGCUGCAAAGAGACAUCAAGCACCUGGUCGACAACCGCAUCCGUGCCAGUGAGGUGCGCAGCGGAGGCGCGAGGAGUGGCGGCUUGGAGGUGCAGGUCAUUACGCACAAGAGGCAGAGGCACGGUCCGUGGUUCGGAGGCAGUUUGCUGGGACAGACACCCGAGUUCAGGUCGUACUGCCACACCAAGGCGGAGUACGACGAGUACGGACCAAGCAUCGUUCGAAGAUUUGCCCUUCUUGGGGGGCCGGGUGGUUCUUAAAGGGGGGUUUAGCAGCAGGUUACAGCAGGCGGAGAGUGAGGUACUCGAUUUUCAGCAGACAGCAGAUCAAUACAAAACUCCAACAAAAAUGGCGAAUGGCUUUCCGGCACGACCCUCAAAUUAGUACUGAACGGCUGAAACUUCGAGGGCAAGAAGAUGAUUUGGGUCUCCGGGCUUGAAGAGAUUACACGUCACUUGGCCCCCGUCGGACAUAGCAGUGAAAAGGGGUGAAGUUGACCCCAAGAUUCUCUGGUGCAUUGUGUCUAGUUGCCGAAGAAUAGAGACAAAACACUUGAGUCGGUAUUAGGGGAGAGAAAAUGCGAGAGAGGCACGAGAAUGUGCAGUGGCGGCGGAUGGACUGGCAGAGCCUUCAUCGGCAUACGAAGCUUGUGAAUUAUCAAGACGGGAUUCUGUUUCUUGGCAUCCCGACUCUUCUGAAUCUUCAGCUUUAACAAAUCGCUCUGUGCUCAGCUGCCAAAUGCCCGCCGCGUAGCUCUUCAGACUAUGAGGCCAGCCAAGAAAAUCAUGAAUUUAUCUUAAUUCAUCUCCUUUUCUUUCCUCGCAACGGAGGUUCAUUUUCUGCUGGGGGUACUGCCUCUCUGCUUCGUCUGCGACGGGGUCAGCUGCAAGGGGCGUCAAACACGUCACAAAUUGCGUCAAUCUCACGCCGCACGAGGUCGCAUUCCAAAUCCGAUUGCAAAAAAGUUGAACAC